AUGUCAAUGCAAAAACUCAAGACAGAUGAAAAAAAGAUGACCGGAAGAAAGGGGUCCCUCUCUGAGGAGGUAAAUCUAAAAGACGUGAUGAAGGAACUUCAAAAAAUUUCGGAAAAUCAAAGAACUCUCCAAGAACAGAUGAUAGAUAUGAGGAAGGAAUUAUCAGAAGAAUUCAUAGAAGUGAAGAGAGAAAUAAAAGAUCUACAAAAAGAAAUGAAAGAAGUAAAAGAGGAUAAACAAAAAUUGGAGAAGAAACAAGACAAGUUUCAAGCCAAACUGGAAAGAUUAGAAGCAAAGAAUAACAAACUGGAGGAAAGACAAGAAAAACUGGAGAGGAAAGAACUAGAAUUCCAAGUAAGAGUAAGAAACAUCGUGGAAGAGCCAAAAGAAAAUCUGAAGCAAAUAACGACCCAAAUUUUAGCAGACCUACUACAGAUACAGGAUGAAGUAAUGGAGGAUAGAAUUGAGAAAGUGUAUAGAGUAAUCACAAAUUACUCAAGAAAAAACAAGGUGGCGAGAGACGUAGUCGUACAGUUUGAAAGGAGGAAAACAAGAGAAGAAGUGUUAAGAACCAGUAACAAAAACACUAUCCACUAUAAAGGACAGAAAGUAACGAUACUGAAAGAACACCCGCCUAGCACAAUGCAAAAACGCAAGAAGUAUCUAUUCCUCACAGAAGAAUUAAAAAAACGACAUAUCAGAUUCAGAUGGGAAUGGAAAGAAGGUCUGAUGGCAACGUAUAAUCAGGAAAGAGUUUGGAUAACAUCAGAAGAGAAGGCUAAGGAAUUCUAUAAGAAUUUAAUGAAGAAAGAAAAUGGACCGACCACACCGGACCCAAACUCGGAGAGAAUAAGAAAAAAACCCAGAACCACCUCCCCAGACAAUACCCUCUAUGCAACAACCCUACAAACAUCAAACCUAAUUAGCCUAGAAGAAGAAGAAGCAGAAGAAGAAGAAGAAGAAGAAACCACCCAGCACUAA